AUGGGUUCCACUCAGCCGCAAUUCAAAAACCCUGCCACCACCUCCCUCCUGGAGCUGGUCAAGGCCCGCCGCACCUACUACGGCCUCAAGGCCGAGAGCCCCAUCUCCGACGAUGCCAUCGAGAGCAUCGUCGCUGAUGCCGUCCUGCACGUGCCCAGCUCCUUCAACACUCAGACCUCCCGCGUCGUCCUGCUGCUGAAGGAGGAGCACCAGAAGGUCUGGGACAUCGCCAUCGCUGCCAUGGAGGGUCUGGUUGCCGCUGGCCACCUCCCCAAGGAGAACUUUGAGAACCAGACCAAGCCCAAGCUGGAAGCCUUCCGCGCGGGCUACGGAACGGUCCUUUUCUUCGUCGAUUAUGACUCCCUCGCCGGUAUCAAGGAGAAGUUCGCCAUCUACGCCGACAAGUUUGACCCCUUUGCCCUGGAGUCCAAUGCCAUGUCCCAGUACCUUGUCUGGACCGCUCUGGAGUCCGAGGGCUUCGGUGCCAACCUGCAGCACUACAGCCCGCUCGUUGACGAGCAGAUCCAGAAGCAAUGGAACCUGCCGGCCUCUUGGAAGCUCGACGCUCAGCUGGUCUUUGGCGUCCCUACCUCGGAGCCUGGCGAGAAGGCUUUCGCGCCCCUGGAGGACCGCUUCAAGGUCUUUGGCAAAUAG